GCGCAUAAAUACGCAUAACCUAGCAAAUUGUUUAACGUUUGUUGUGUGUUUUGUUGUUGCUCUUAUUUGUUAACAACAAUUCAAUAUGAAUAAAGAAUUAUUUGGAAUGGAUGUGGAAGAUGAGAACCUAUCUUCGGAUGAUGAUUCCGCUGACGACGACACUGAGGCGUUGGAACAGCGCGCGAAAGAAAUUGAAGGAGAACUAAGCAAUAAUGUGUAUUUAUAUGAUUUACACAAAGAAUUAUUAAGCAUCUGUGAAAAAACUGGCGAUUUACCGUCAUUACGUCUAGCAUAUGAUCGAUUUGCCAAAACUUUCCCUUUAACUGAAGAACUUUGGUUGAAAUGGAUCAACAUAGAAAUAUCUGUGGCAGAUGAUGCCAAGAAACACAUAAUGGAGAUAUUUGAAAGAGCAACUAAAGAUUACUUAUCUGUUAAAUUAUGGCUAGAAUAUGUCCAAUAUGCAAUGUCCCACUGUGAAUUAAAAGAAACUCAUGCAAUCCUAGAAAAUGCAUUGAGUGUAGCUGGAUUACACUAUACAGAUGCAUCACUCCUCUGGGACAUUCUCAGAGAACUAGAAAUUGCACACCUUUCAGUAACACCAAAAGAAUCAGAAGACUACAAGACCCAACUGAAUAAACUUGUGGAUGCAUUUAAAAGGCAACUGUCAGUGCCACUUGUUAACAUCACCAGUACUUAUGAUGAAUGGCAACAAUUUCUCGAGCAAGUGCCUGAAAUUGAUGCAUCAGUAGUUGAACCAGGUUAUAAAAAGGCUUUGGAGUGUGUUGAGAAUUACAAAGCUUAUGAAGAGAGAAUUCUCAUGACUACAGAUGAUCAAGAACUUGUUGAUAUCUACAGUCAGUAUAUUAAAAGUGUGAAGAAUCCAUCAUUGGUGAUGUGUUUGUAUGAGAGGGCAAUUGAGAAACUUUGUUUGAUGCCACAGAUUUGGAUUGAUUAUGUUAACUACACACUUAAAUUGGGGGAUGUGUGUUUAAGUAUAUCGGAACGUGCGUUGCGUAAUGUAACAUGGUGCGAAGAACUAUGGUGUUUGCGCUUAAAGAUUUUAGAGAAGUUUGAAAAAUCGGCGGAUGAUGUCAGAGAAUGUUUUCAGACUGGUUUGUCAUAUAUUCCAACUGGAUUGGAUUUAUGGUUGGAUUAUAUUGCAUAUACAAAACGUAACAAUAGCGAUAUUUUGAUGAAAUUAUUGCAACAAGCUGAAGAACAACAAAUAAUCGAUCCAACGUUUAAGUUGACACGGUAUCACGCUUAUCUUUGUGCAAAGAACAACGAAAUGGACCGCUGUCGAGAACUUUGGAACACCCUACUACUCGAUCCGCAGGCGAAAAUUUUGUCUCAGUUCUGGUUUGAAUACGUGCGUAUAGAACGACAAUUUGGGACGAUUGUGAGCACUCGUAACGUUUUCAAUCGCGCAAUUACUUGUAACACCGACUGGCCUCAAGGUAUUGCUGACGAAUGGAUUAUGUUCGAACGUGACCAGGGUAGUAUCGAUGAUGUGUUGAAGUGUCUUGAUAAAAUCAACAAAAUACUCCCGCAGAAGUUGAAGGCGCAAGCUGAUGCGCAGGCACAGCCUGUAACAAAUGAUAGCGCUACUAAAAGCAAGAGCGAUGUGAGAGAAAACCAAAAUCGUAAGCGUAAAGCAGAUUCUGAAACAAAUGACGACCGGACAGAAAACAAGAAACAUAAGCCUGAGUUUAAGAAGCAAGUUAAAAAUCAGGGGCCACCCGCUGAUCUUGUGCAUGACAAGUCUGUGUUUAUUAGUAAUUUGAGUCCCACUGUGACUCACGCACAACUUUCUGCUUUUUUCCCCAAUGGUAAAGUGACAUUAGCGACAAAUAACAAAGGUUUGUCGCGUUGUUUCGGUUAUGUUCAGUUUGAAACACAAGAAGAGGCGGAAAUCGCCUUGGGUAGAGACCGUACUUUCUUUGAAAGUCGACCGAUUUUUAUAUCCAAAUGUAAGACGGACAAAACCGAGCGUCAAGCGGUGUUUAAAUUCGCACAGACUGCCGAAGAGAACAAACUAUUUGUUAAAGGUCUUCCAGUGAAAUAUGCGCAGGCUGACGUUGAGAAACUUUUCGAGCCGUAUAACUUUAAAGACGUGCGAUUGGUUUUGCAUAAGAGUGGCCAAAGCAAAGGCUUGGCCUAUGUUGAGUUUGAGAAUGCUGCAGAUGCCGCGAAGGCUAUGCAAGCAACUGAUAAUACAACAGUGGAGAACUUUAUUAUAUCGGUGGCAAUAAGCGCGCCUCCGCCGAAAGACGCCAAACAUACGAAGGAGGCUCCUUUGCGACACUCCAAGAGCAGAUUGCAGGUCCCGCUGAUUCCAAGAGCAGCUAUGAAACCACCAUCACAAGUGUCAGGUGAGAAUGGAUCAGGUAACAAUAGAGCGGCCAAGACUGUACCGAAAAGUAAUAAUGACUUUAGAAAUAUGCUACUAAAUAAAUAAUCUGGUUAAAUAAACAAAACUAAGAACUAUUGCCACUUGUAUGAAACAGUAUCACUUGAGAACGGUACAAAUAUACUUAAUAUUUCAUUAUACUAGAGACAAACAACUUGUGUAAAUUUUAAGUAUGUUUUAUUACAAAAAUUAACGCAAUUUACAAACAUCAAAUCAACCUCAAAACUCGUAUUUCUUCCAUCGAAUUACCAAUCAAUAGCAAAUGUUAUUUGUUGGCAGUGAACUACGAAAAUAUCACAUCUGCUCGUUUUUAUCUUUUGUACGAUUACCGGACAUUUACAUAUACAACUUUUUUAUAUACAUGUUAUCAAAAUUUAAUUGACAUUGUAGAGUAGUCAUGAAAUGUAAAAACGCUGUAUAUAACACAUUUGGAUAAAUUCAUCAAAGUAAAAUACCAA